AUGGACCAAGAAACUGCGAAAAAGCUUUUACUCGAAGGAGGAACGUUUGUUUUCCUCGGAGUACCUCAAGAAACACAGUUUGGCAUAGAUAUGCAGUGCUGGAAUACAGAAGAAGAUUUUCGCGGAAUUAAAAUGAUUCCACCUGGAUUGCACUACAUACAUUUUUCUGGAGUAAGCAAAGGAACUGGAGACGUGUCGCCAAGAUCAGGCUUCAUGCAUUACUUCCACAAAAAAGAGUUUCUAGUCAAAAUGUGGGACAAAGAUACAGAGGACAUGAGUAAAGAAGAGAUUACAGAAGAAAGCAUCCAGCGCCUGAAAGACAAUCUGUUUAAUUUGGACCGUCACCUUGCACCUUACCCCUAUGAAAUAUGGCAGAAAUGGAAACUACUUACUUCUCAAAUACCUGCUGAAUUAGCAGCAAAACUGUCGCCAGAGAAUGGUAUGAUCAGAGCUUCUGUAGAACUCCUUUCUAUGACUGAUGAGGAAAGACCAAGGGGCGUGAAGUCUACAGCAUCGGUUGAAAGUCAAGAAGGUGCGGAAGAAUCUCCAAAAGUCUCUGGUGAAGAUAAAGAAGAGGUAGCUGGACAAUCCACGGCUAAGAGAGCAAAGAGAGGUACACAGGAAGAAAGAGAAGAUGCAAUGCUACCAGACUUGAAACCUGCUCCAGGUAUGUCAAUGAGAUUCACAGAAAUACCGCGCGACAAGUUUCCGCCGGGAUCCACACCAGAAGAGAUUACGAAACACUAUUUGGACCAAUCUUAUUCAUUGGAACUUAUGAUCGCACAACAUGACGAGCCGCUACAUAUCAUUGGCGAACUUCAAUUCGCGUACCUGUGUUUUCUUAUCGGACAUUCUCUCGAAGCUUUUGAACAUUGGAAAAAUCUGGUGAUCCUUAUGUGCUCCUGCGACGAUGCCAUACACAAAUACCGCAGCGUGUUCUUCCAUUUCAUCAGAACAAUCGAAAUACAAAUUGAAGAAAUGCCUGAGGAUUUCCUUGCUGACAUUGUUAUGAACAAGAAUUUAGUCUACAAGAAACUACGGGAAUUUUUCCGUACUGCUUAUGUGAGCAAAGUCGACGGCCGUCUUCUGACAAUGAUUGAGAGGUUCAAGGACAAUCUGACGGAUAAAUUGCAAUGGGAUUUCACUGGUUUAGAUGCUGAUGAAGAAGACGAAAGGCCAGUUAUAGUCCAGCUAAAUGAGGCAGAGUAA